UCUUUUUUCAUAAGUGAGGUCAACUGCGGUCAUCGAUCAAAGAGGAACGUCAAGUAGUCUGAUCUAUCAGUAAUUAUAAAUCGGUACUAAGCGAAAACACUUGUUCAAUUGUAUUAUAAAACAACAUUUUGAUAAUCAUUUACGCAAUAUUAUUUUUCAAACAAUUGAGUAUAAAGUUUAGGUACUAAAAAGUGACAAAAAGUGUGCAAAAUAAUUGAAUAUCAUAAUGGUUGUCAUGUUGUCAUCAAAUUCGUCGUUUCAAUUGACGGAUUUGUUCAGUCUUGCAAUACCAACUAAUCUUAUUUUUAUAACAUUAUUCGGAAUUAUUUUAUUACCAAUUUUUCUUUUCCUAUAUUUCGUUACAACAUGGUCGAGAAAGUUUUUCAUCAGUUAUGUCAAAUGGAAAUAUCCAAAUUGCAUUGUGGUUGAAGAUAAUAGCAUUCGAAGUAUAUUGGAUCAAGGUAGAAACCAUGGAAUAUACACGCUGUUUGUUAAAGGCCGAUCAAUUGCCGAAGGUAUGAGAAGUCAUUUGUCACAUUUGACGUCUAACAAGAAACUUCUCAGAUUUAAAUUGUCCACUACAUUGGAUUUUUAUGUAUGGAUGGACAACGAACAAUUUUCUUUGGACAAUCAUCUUAUUAAUUCGCCAUGUUCCUUUCGGAACAGACCUAUCAACGAAUCCAAUAUUCAGGAUUACGUGAGCGACAUUACAUCGAAAUUUCUGCCAAUUGACAGAUCACCAUGGCAAGUACACGUUAUCAAUUGUUUCUUCGGCGACGAAGAAUAUCAAAUAUGUUUGGUAAGAGUCCAUCAUUUGUUGCUACGUUUGGAACAUCUUUCACCUGCCGAUUUUCUACCAUUGAAAUUUUCAUCCGACAAUUGGGCUUGCCAAGAAACCGAUUCACCGUUCACCGAUCUUUACGUGGAACCAUCGGCCUUACCUAAACUUCAUCAAAAGUUGACAGAAAAUUUCAGCAAUUAUUGGAACGAAUUUCUUUGCAACAAUGAUCCGAUAGAACGACCAGAGAUUAUGAAGAAACAAAUUGGUGUAUUUCAAUCAAUCAAGAUCUGUGUAAUCGUACUGGUUGUGACUUUUAAAGAAUUGACAAGACAGUACAGAAAAUCUGAAGGUCUCAAAUUCUUUGACAUGUUUUUUAUACUUCAACGAGAAGUCAACAAAAGAAACUUUGGAAUGUCCGUAAUAUUUUCUGGCUUUGUCAGAGUCCUUAAUCCAAUAAACACCAUCAAUUCAAUGAUAGCAUGGUCAUGGUAUUUAUUAAUAACAUUAACAUUGAAAGUACCAAUAUUGAUGAUUAGAGAAUUUCAAGCUUUGCAAUCAAAACAUAAACAUUUCUAUCCGGAAACGUUGACUUCAAUGAUUUGGUGUUACUUGCCUUUGAUAAUUCAAGCAACCAUCGAAAUUUUUUCCAUUACUUGGAUAGCAAUAGGUGCACCUAAAUUGAUACUGGAAGAAUUAUUUCUAAAACAUCCACAUGCCAAUCGUUUGCAAACUAUUUCACCAUGUGGUAGAAAAGUUGUUGCGUGGUCCGAUGAGGUCAGUUUGGAUCUACUGAGAAAAAUUUCAAGUGUUACCGGAGCUACCAAUACGGAAAUCCUUUUGACAGCAAUCGUGGAUUCCUUGAAAAAAUAUUUUAUGCAUUGUGGUAUCAAUAUUCCUGAUGAUGUUUUAACUACAGCCAAAUUUGUCAAUCAGAGAGCGAUUUUUUUGCGAAAUCAUGAAGCCCGUGGUAUUCUAUGUUUAGCAUUGCCAACUAGGACUCCACUUUUUGAGGAUGAUUUACUUGAAAUACUUCAAGUUAUACAAAAAAACGUACAAGAAGCAAGAGCAAAACAAAGUGCAAUUUAUGCAAUAACUGCUGCUGAAGCAUCGCGUGGUUUGAUAUCCUCGUUUUUUCCAUCAAUAUUUUUGAAAUUAAUACUCAAUCAAUUGUCCAAAAGAUACACGUUGUCUUUGACUCACGUAGAUGGUAAUUUACCUGUUGAAGGUGUUGAUACUGCUGUUUAUUGGAGACCACCUCAAGGAAAUUGCUAUAUGUCAAUAACAUUGCACAGAUAUGGGAAUGGUGUACGUUUGGGUGUCAUGGGAGAUGCUUUGAUCAGUCCACAACACUCAAUCAUCACCAGAACUUUUCCAAAAAGUUUGAGAAGUCUUUCAACAGUUGUAGGAGUUCCUAAAACACCAGUUUUUGAACAUCAAAGUCGUAGUCCAAGUCCACACUCAUCUAGUCCAACCACAUCACCUGGAUACUGAUAAGAUUUUAAUAAACAUUUCUUAAAGAAAUCAAACAAAUCAUUUUGUUAAAAUCUCUGAAAGGAUAAACAUGAUUGUACUUUUCAUUUAUUAUAUUCU